AUGAUCGGCAAGACAAGUGCCGGCCUUCUGGCCACUGCAGUCGCCGUCUCGGCCUCGGUCGUCGACCUGCCCGUCCACAUCCAAAACACUUAUGCCUCGGUCGAAUUUCAAAUCGGCACGCCGCCCAAGCCCUACCGUCUCCACUUCGACACGGGCUCGUCGACGACCUGGUUCACCAACACCGACUGCACGUCCACAUCCUGCCCCGACCUCAGCGGCUUCAACCGCACCCUCUACGACGCCUCGGCGUCGUCGACGUCGGUCGACCUCGGCCUAUCCGCAACCAUCGGCUACAUCGCCGGCGACGGCGUCACCGGCGACGUGACCGCGGACCUCUUCACCGACGAGCACGGCACCCUGGCCGGCUGGAACCAGACCUUCCUGUCCGCCAACGCCAGCAGCUGGCGCUUCAUCACCGCCGACGGCUUCCUGGGCCUGGGCUUCUCGUCCAUCGCCGAGCAGGGCACCGCCUCGCUGGUCGAGACGCUGCUGCAGGCGGGCGCGCUCGACGCCCCGCGCUUCGCCCUCUUCUACGGCACCAACGUCUCGGAAACGGGCGCCGCGCCGGACGGCGUGCUGACGCUCGGCGGCAGCCACGAGGCGACGUACGCCGACGACGACGGCGUCGUGUUCGCGCCGCUGCGCAAGGAGGACCCCUACCAGCUGUGGCGCACGCCGCUGCGGGCCGUCAACGUCUUCGCCACCGGCACCAACGCCACCAUCGUGCUCAAGAACGACGGCAAGCUGCCGCUGACCAGCGACGGCAGCUACAUCAGCAACGCCAUCGGCGCCAACACCAGCCUCGCGCUGUGGGGCGCCGGCCGCGCCGUCUUCGACACCGGCGCCGGCCGCAUCUCCGUCCCCAGCGACAUCGUCGACGCCGUCUACUACAACCUCGGCUGGAACAACUCGAAGCUGCUGACCGGCGAGGAGCGCUUCGGCUGCCAGCACCUGAACGCCUCGUGGGCGCUGGCCUUCCAGAUGGGCGACGGCGCCGUCGAGGACGACGUCGUCUUCACCAUUCGCGGCGACGAGUUCGUGCGCCCCGGCGACCAGUGCAUGCCGCCCAUUGACGACAGCGGCGUCAGUGGCUUUGCGUUGAUUGGCGCCACUUUCUUGCGCAGGUUCUAUUCCGUCUUCGACUUUGGCGCCGACGCCGUCGCCGACUACCAGCCCAGGAUCGGCUUCGGCAGGUUGAAGAAGGAGUAUGACUUUAUGCACCUGCAGUAG